AUGGGCACCAAAAUUGUGAAACACAACCCAGACACAAAACUUCGAAGCAAAACUGCGCUUGACACGACCUUCCUUGUGAAAGGAUCUACUCCGUUUGUUUCUGCUGUCAAGAGAAUUGACAGAAUGCUUGAAAAAUUCGACACCAAUGGAACCGGUUAUCGAAAGUAUCAGCUGGGAGAGUACAAAAAGGUGAGGUUUCUCACCAUAAAGGGAAUGGGUAAAGCUAUAGAUACGGUGGUGUCUUUGGGUCUUCACUACAAGCACAAGAAGCAGUACAAAGUGGACGUGAAAACAGGAACCGUGGAGGUGCUAGAUGAGCUCAGGAAACCGCUGGAAUACUCGACCAAAGAGAGUGAUGACGAGGAGUCAGAGUUCAAGAAAAGAAGUGCAAGCUAUGUAGAUGUGAAAAUCUGGCUCAAAAGAAACACAUGA